CAGUUCUGACGCCUCAUGGUGUGCCGGAAAUCUUGUGUUAACGCGUUUUACGAACAACCACAUGUAAAAUUUCGAGAUAUUAAAAAAAGAAAAUUGACGAAAUGUUUUUUAGCGACACACAUACAACAUAAUAUGGGUCUGUUCCAUGCGACAUGUACAAGCGAAGUAUGUCUUGUGGGCAAAACUGCAAUUAUAACUGGAGCAAACAGUGGUAUCGGCAAAGAGACCGCCAGAGAUUUUUACGCAAGAGGCGCUAGAGUGAUACUAGCAUGUCGAAACAUGGAAAGUGCAAAAGAAGCGGUAGAAGAUAUAAAAAAUAAUCCGCCCUCGAGGAUCGCGAAGAGCGACUAUCAAAAAAGAGCGGGCGUGCUCGCAAUUUACACUCUGGAUCUAUGCAGUUUCAGGAGCAUCAGGGAUUGCGCCAAACGUUUGUUAACACAGGAAACAGCUAUCAACAUACUCGUGAACAAUGCUGGGAUAAUGAUGUGUCCGUACGAGUUAACGGAAGACGGCUUUGAGAUACAAUUUCAAUCUAAUUACCUUGGUCACUUUCUUCUGACGCUUCUCCUACUGCCAAAAAUAAAAUCGUCCGCUCCCGGUUGCAGAAUAGUGAACGUGUCGUCGUUUAUGAACUUUUGCGCUAGAGUGAUACUAGCAUGUCGAAACAUGGAAAGAGCGAAAGAAGCGGUAGAAGAUAUAAGAAAUAAUCCGCCUUCGAGGAUCGCGAAGAGCGACUAUCAAAAAAGAGCGGGCGAGCUCGCAAUUUACACUCUGGAUCUAUGCAGUUUCAGGAGCAUCAGGGAUUGCGCCAAACGUUUGUUAACACAGGAAACAGCUAUCAACAUACUCGUGAACAAUGCUGGGAUAAUGAUGUGCCCGUACGCGUUAACGGAAGACGGCUUUGAGAUACAAUUUCAAUCUAAUUACCUUGGCCACUUUCUCCUGACGCUUCUCCUACUGCCAAAAAUAAAAUCGUCCGCUCCCGGUUGCAGAAUAGUGAACGUGUCGUCGUUUAUGAACUUUUUUGGAACUAUAUAUUUCGAUGACAUAAGUGUCACGAAUUCAUAUUUCAAAUUUCUAACGUUAGUCACCCUCAAACGUUACGCACAAAGUAAAACGGCAAACAUAUUGUUCACCAGGGAACUCGCUCGUCGGUUAAAAGAGGCGAAGAUCGAUGGAAUAAAUGUGUACUCCUUACAUCCUGGAGUUAUAAAAACGGAAUUAGUUCGACAUUAUAAUCAAACUUUUUUUCCGGGUGCAACUUUUUGCUUCCAGCGUAUUAUGGGACCUUUUAUCAAAACUGCGGAACAAGGAGCGCAAACAACGAUAUACUGCUCUGUGGACGAAAAUGUCGCCAAUGAGACAGGCCUUUAUUACGCAGAAUGCCGCCCUUCCACAACUUGGAGGACAAGAAGUGAUGAAAUGGCCAAGAAUCUAUGGGACUAUUCCUGCGAGCUACUACACUUGGAGUCUAAUGAGAACCUUGCCAUAUUUUUAAAAAACGUUGCACACCAAAUUGCUGAAUAACGUUAAAUAACAGUCGCAUUGUCAUUGUGAUAGAGUUUGGCCAUAACAUAUUGUAUUUGGUUAAUUUGUAUUUAAUUGAUGUUGAGAUGUACGAUAUCUUAUCUACCUGUAAGUUACAUGUGAUGAAUUUUAUAACAGUAAAUUAUAGUUUAGUGAAUUUUACAA